AGUGCGUACCGUGCGUACCGUGCGUAGCAGUACUGCGGUGCGCUCUCUCACACAAGCAGCUUCUCUAAGCAGCUGCAGUGAAACACAGCACGCCCAUCAAGGCUGUUUCGUUGAUCCAGCUGAUUUCAGGAAAGGUUCACAAUGGCUGUGGAAUGCCCCCAACUGGACCCGGAUUUAAUGCGGGAGGUUCUUGAAUGCCCCAUCUGCCUGGAAACGUAUAACCAGGACCAAAUGAGACCCAAACUCCUACAGUGUGGACAUACAGUGUGUCGGCAAUGUCUAGAAAAACUACUAGCAAAUACCAUAAAUGGUGUUCGCUGUCCAUUUUGCAGUAAGGUGUCCAGAAUGAGUAGCACCCAGUUGGCUGACAAUCUCACAGUACUGAAAAUUUUGGAUUGCACUACCUCAUGUAGUGCUGCUGCUGCCGCUCUGAUGUGCAAGUCUUGCUGCACUCGUCUACCACGACAGUACUGUCAUGAGUGUGCAGUUGUCCUCUGUGAGCUGUGUAAAGCAGAGGGUCACAUGCUUCAAGGCCAUAAUGUCCAACCCAUCAGAUUAGCUGCUGAGCAGCGACGCAAAGAACUUGGUUCCAAACUUGAAUCUCUGCGAGAUGUAAUGGGUGAAAUCCAAAAGAAGAAAACUGUCAUUGAAAAUAUUUCUAAAACACUGAGGUGUAAAUACCGAGCAGUUCAGCAAGACUAUGCUACAGCUGAGCUACGCCUUCAAGAGGAACUCAGUAGAUCUCGAAGAACCUUCACAGCCACCAUGUCAGAACUGGAAAAGACCAAUGGGCAAGUCCUUGAGGAACAGACCUAUUUACUUAAUAUUGCAGAGGUUAAAGUAGUGUCACGUUGUGACUAUCUGACAAUGCGGGUGAGGCAGAGUGAUACUGCUUUGCUAAAGGAAGAUGGUGGCAACUGUGAUGAUGAUGAAGAACUGGAUAUUAAAAGUACUUUGCCUACUACACUGAAUUUACAAGAGCCGGAGUUAGUUCUAAUAGAGCAGUCAAAAGCUUUAGAAGUAGGAAAGUUAACGGCAAAAGCUUACACUGUUAGUACAGAAGUUGAAGAAAGCACUUUAGACACGGCUUUAGAAAGUGGUGUUGAGGGAGCAAUGGGGCCGUCAGUAGAUUUAUACAGAGAUGUGGAUAUGUCUGCAAGUGUAGAUGAGGCUAUCUGUGGCUCACCUGCGCAUUUUAAGUCAAAGUCUUUGGACGCAGCAGAACCACCUGGAGGGGCCAACAGUGAACUACCAGCCUGCCAGUUUGUUAAGAGGAUGGGCUGCAAGGGAACACUGCCUGGCCUGUUUAACUUGCCUGUGAGCAUUUGUGUAACACUGCAAGGAGAAGUCUUGGUGGCUGACCGUGGUAACUGCCGCAUUCAGAUUUUUAACCGCAAAGGAUUUCAGCGGGAAAUCCGGCGCAAUGCCAGUAGUAUUGACAAUUUUGUUUUGAGCUUUUUAGGUGCGGACCUUCCUAAUCUCAUUCCAUUAUCCAUUGCUGUUACACCCCAAGGACUCAUUGGGGUCACUGAUAACUAUGACAACUCUGUGAAAGUCUAUACAAUGGAUGGACAAUGUGUGGCUUGCCACAAGAACCAGCUGAUCAAACCCUGGGGCAUUGCUGCCAUGCCAACGGGACAGUUUGUGGUGUCAGAUGUGGAAGGUGGCAAGCUGUGGUGCUUGGCAGUGGACCGCAAUAUCGGUAUAGUCAGCUACACUCGUUUGUGCUCUGCUGUACGCCCAAAGUUUGUGACAUGUGAUCCAAGUGGAACAGUUUACUUCACCCAGGGCUUGGCUCUUAAUUUUGAGAAACGCCACAAUGAGCCUCACCUGGAAGGCGGUUUCUCCAUCGGGUCAGUGGGUACGGACGGUCAGCUUGGCAAGCAGCUCAGUCACUUUUUUUCAGAGACUGAGGACUUCCGCUGCAUCACUGGAAUGUGUGUGGAUAACAAUGGUGAUUUGUUGGUAACAGAUAGUGGUCGAAAAGAAAUCCUUCAAUUUCCCAAAGAAGGUGGCUACAAAAUUCUCAUCCAGGAUGGACUAACCUGUCCUGUUGGAGUGGCAACUACUCAGAAAGGACAGUUGCUUGUUCUGGACUGUUGGGAUCACUGUGUCAAAGUAUACACAUACAUUCAGAGAAGGCACUCCUCCACUUCAUAGAGUUCUAAUGGUUACUGUGACAGGGUUUAACAGUUGCAUUUAAAGUGUAUUGGCCAUAGUUUUCAUUGUUCUCCUUCUGGCUUUCAAUUGUAUUUUUGUUAGUGUGUGUUUUUACAGCAAAAAGAGCUACAACUUAAUACACCACAUUUAAAGAGCUGUUCAGGUUAAAGCUAAGGAAGACAUCAUGUGAUUCUCUGUCAUUCCUGACUGGUUAUGCCUAGUAUCAGAUGUAUGUGUGUAAUGCACGGUGAAUUAGAUUGGCUCAGUUUAAAAUACACAGCAGAUUGUGGCAAACAAAAAUGUAUUUGUUUACUUAACAAAAUGUAUACCAAGGAUUAUGGCCUGUGAUGCACUUUAUUGCUGACAAAUCACUUAAGGGUCAGAAGCACACUCAUUGCUAAAGGUGUCUGAGAGCUUCUACCCUCACUGAGAAGUGCUUCAAUAACAGAUCAGUAAAUAACAAAAUGUACCGUAUGUGAUUUUACAGCAUUCAGGGAACUUUACCUGGAAUAAUCCUGUAGGCUCAUGCAUAUUGUAGCCAUGUUAACAUUUAUUGUUGAGUACACAUGCAAAGAAUAGAAUUUUAGAAAAAAAAAACCAAACCCACUUAAAUUAUGCCAGAUUAAAAAAAAAACAAAUAUUGUUCCUGGCUGAAGUUAAUGUUUGUUUUUGAAAUAAUUGCAUAAUUUGCAGACAUUUGGCUUUCACACAAAACAUGAAGUGUUCACUUUUUUGAGUAGCAACAGUUGUGUUAAUGUUGAAGAUAUGUUAGUCUUGUGAGGAUGUGUGUCUGACACUGACAUGCCAAACUUGAUUUGCUACUUGUAACUUUAGGCUCAGCAAAGGAUCCCUCAGGUUUCAAUUGACUCCACAAUAUGGGUUUUUUGCUAGCUGUUGGCAUUGAUCAACACUAUUAAUUUAUUUUAGCUCUUGUUGGAUAUUUGUUCCCUACUAAAUUAUAAACCUCCUGGGGUAAGGGUGUUGCUACAAUCAUAGUGAUAUUGUAUUAAUGGAACAAAAUAACUUAAUAGACUUAACCAAUAACAGGCUUUUUUUUUGUAAAAUGUUUUCACUAAUGACCUUAACCUUUAUUUUCUAUCUUAAGCCUUUUCUUUGUUAUUGUUAUUUGAGAACUGUAAAAAGAAGUUCCCCACUACUGCACUACUCUAGAGAGCUGAUGCAUACAAUGCUACACAUAAUGAAGUGUCCUUUUGUCUGGGUGUUUAACACUGAUACAUGAACAUCUAUUCACAUUUCAUGACCUGGAUUACUUCCAGACAUCUUUCUAAACUGUUCAAAUGUAAUGAUGCAAUACAUCUCUAAACCAAACUUUGUCAUUCAGAUGUUAUGUCUGAUAUGUCUGUGGGUUUUAACUUGUCACAAUUUUACGUGUCAUUGUCAGAUAAUA